ACUUCCGGGAGCGCCUGGGCUCUGCGGCCGCCUACGCGCAGUGCUGCCAGCCGGCCCCGCGCCGCGGAGUGGCGUGAGCGCGCAGCCAGGCCGAAGCCCCGCCGUCCGCGCCUCCCGCACCUCUCCCUGCGGCCAUGGGGGCGUCCGCGCGGCUACUGCGCGCUGUGAUCAUGGGGGCGCCCGGCUCCGGCAAGGGUACCGUGUCGUCGCGCAUCAUCAAACACUUCGAGCUGAAGCACCUCUCCAGCGGGGAUCUGCUCCGAGACAACAUACUUCGGGGCACAGAAAUUGGUGUGUUAGCCAAGACUUUCAUUGAACAAGGGAAGCUCAUCCCAGAUGAUGUCAUGACUCGGCUGGCCUUUCAUGAGCUGAAAAAUCUCACCCAAUAUAGCUGGCUAUUGGAUGGUUUUCCAAGGACACUUCCUCAGGCAGAAGCCCUGGAUAGAAAUUAUCAGAUAGACACAGUGAUUAACUUGAAUGUGCCCUUCGAAGUCAUUAAGCAGCGCCUUACUGCGCGCUGGAUUCAUCCAGCCAGUGGCCGAGUCUACAACAUGGAGUUCAACCCUCCCAAAACUGUGGGCAUUGACGAUCUGACCGGAGAGCCUCUUAUUCAGCGUGAGGAUGAUAGACCAGAGACGGUUGUCAAAAGACUGAAGGCUUAUGAAACUGAAACAGAGCCUGUCCUGAAAUACUACCAGAAAAAAGGGGUAUUGGAAACAUUCUCUGGAACAGAAACCAACAAGAUAUGGCCUUAUGUAUAUGCUUUCCUACAAACAAGAGUUCCACAAGUAAACCAAAAAGCAUCAGUUACUCCAUGAGGAAAAGUAUGUAUAACUAAAAAGAUGAGAAGCUCCUCAUCUGAGCAUUUGGAAGCUCCUUGUCCUAAGACUCUGACAUGUAUGAAUUCUUUGAAAAUGUUAGAAUCAUUUCUACUGAUUUUAUUCUGGAAAGUAAGGAUGUGCCAAAUAAGUCAGAUACUGAAAUUCAUCUUUUGAAAUCAUCUAGUGUGUUUUAUCCAGUUAUCUUCUAUGAGUGCACAAUUCACAAGUAUCAGAGAUGUCUAAUGAAACUUUUGAAAAAUUGUUUGGAGAAUAAUUAAAAGAGCAAUUGGUAGUAAUAUAACUUUUGUUCAGAAGAGUAAGUGGUUUAUAAAAUUUCUGUAUUUUUCGGGAAAAAAAAUUCCGUCAUUUGAGAAAAGUAUCUCAUCAGAGGCUUUGGCUUAGACUGAUGCUGAAAAAACAUCUCUAGCACUGUGACACAUGGUUUUGUGAGACACUAUGUCUAUAAAAUUCCAGAAUAAAAGCAACUGGAUUUAAGAUUUUUAGGAUGCAAAUUCACUACUGCCUCUCCACUAAGAAAUUUAUAAGCUAGUCAUAUAUGUUGUAUUUAUUGUUGUUAAGCAUACCUUCAGGUUACUCAGAAUUUUCAAUUUGCUAUAAAACUGUAUCAAUUAACAGAUAAGAAAGUAUUAAUUUCCUAUGACUUGUUUUCUUUUGAAAAUACAUGUGUACUGAGGGAUACGAUUUAUGUUAGAAAUGGACAUUAUACGUUCUUGGAAAAGCACUAAAGUUGAAUUUUCAACGGAAAAUGUAAAGACCUAUGUUUUCAGAUGUUACUUAGGUUAAGAGAUAUGCUUUAGGAUCUACUUGUCAGUUUCUCUUUCUGAUCAAAAUGUGUGAUCUACCUUGAGGAAUAGCAUAUGAAAGUACACGCACACACAAAGAAAAGAAAAUCUAUGGCACUAGGUAAAGUAAGCAUGCUGUGUCAUUAGGAAAUAGAAAUAGAUCAUGUUUGCCUGGAUAAAAUUCUCUUGACAAAUGUAACAAUCAUAAUUAGUAAACAGGUAUGGCAAUGAAAAAGAUUUAUAUGACAGGUUAAAAAGGACCAGGAAACUAGUUUGCUGAAGGAGUUUAUUCCUAAUCAAAGAAAUUGACACUGGCUAGCAUUCACUGUCAUCAUAUCUUAAGGGUAAAGAACUCUGCUGGUAAAUGUAACCUGAGCAGCCAUUUUAAAAUCAAAAUGAUUUGAUUUCUUAGUGGGGCAACAGGGAUGCAUGCUUAUGUACUAUGGCCUGGUAAAAAGAUUGAGAGGCAAAGAAACCUGACUAUAUAUUCAGUGGCAUAUUUACUUUUACUUUACUUGGUGCCAAAUCAAAUGAAACAAGUCCCUGUACAAGUUAUUAUUAACUGCCUUUGAAAAUUUUGCCCGUUUUAUUCUAGGCACUUAAAAUACAAAUGCCAGUAAACGAUUCUUAUGUAUCACUUUGUGGGGGGAAAAAACCUUAUUUUCCUUUCUUUUUAUUUUUUAAAAUUCAAUAUUGAUCUUUCAAAUCGGACCAAGGCUUUUAAAAAGGAUUAUAGUAAACAUUCCACUCUUUACAAAACUUUCUAUAAUGCGUUAAUCGAAUGUCAAUAUUGUGUGUUUUCUAAAAAUGUCGUGUACUAAAGAAUUACCUCUGUGUUAACAGGCAUACAUCAGUAUUAAGGUAUUAGAAUACAGGUCAAUUUUAGAACUGUAGAUAUUAUUUUCUCUUUGGUAGUCACAGGGCCCACCCCAUCCGACCUUUUGUCCUGCUGCCCUGAAGUCUUACUAGUUUCUGAAUUAGGAACUGAUUUCUAAUUGUUUAAAAAGGGUACACAGGCUGGCUUCUAUUUAUGCUACACUUUAUCUCCUGCUGUAGUAAUGCAGCUAUACUGGCCUUCUUGACACCCUUAGGACAUCUGAAAAUCAAAAAUGGGUAGAAGAACAUGGCUCCUAAGACUCUUCUUCCCUGUGACUAUUCUCUCCUCAUUCCCAAAACACUUAACCCAAAGUUUUGCACAUACAUCCAUUACUUUGGGAAAUGCCUGCACUAUUACGUUUUUCCUUCAUUAAAGCAAAAAGAAUUUGUUUUAUGCUUAAUGUCAUAGGUGGUUCUGAUGACCAUUAUCAUAGCUGAGCACAUCCUGCAAAAAAACCCAUAAUGCCAUAAUGCCUAUCAUUAUGAUUUAUGUGCCACAUGGAUAUAUGUCUGGUGCUUAAUGGCAUGGCUAGAAGCUACAAUGCCUCCAAAGCUAAUGAGAACAGUACUUCAACCGAUUUCUGUGUUUUCUGGAGUACAGUAAUUUUGGUACACCUUUUAUAAGCAGAGUGUGCUAUGGGAAAUGGAAAGUGACAAUUAGUACCACCCAGAAAUUUUAUUUCAAAAUUGUAUUUGAAAUAGGUUAAAUACUGGCUCAAAUUUCUAAACCCCUGCCCAUAGCUACGUUCCCCCAGUUAUUUACAACGGCAUUCCAGCAAAGUAAAUUAUUUUGGGUACUCAGUUUGUGACAAAACUUAUCUGUUAGUAACAAAUCAUGGUAAUUACAGACCUCAGUUUUAAUUGCUGUAAUACCUGCAGUCAACAGCAAGAAUAAAUAUGUAUUUUAAAACAUG